AUGCCUGUGCAACGUGAACAUUUCCAAUUGCCUGCAGCCAAUGAAGUGACUAGUAAAUUAUCCGUUGCUACAGUUUUCAGGAAACUAGAUGCCAAAGAUGGUUAUUGGUAUGUGAAACUAGAUGCAGAGUCAUCCAAAUUAACAAAAUUUAACAUCCCAUUCAGGCAAUACAAGUUCAACAAGUUACCCUUUGCAUUAAACUCAAAUGAAGUAUUCCAGAAGAAAAUGCAACAAGCAUUUGAGGGUAUAGAUGGAGUUGAUGUCAUUUUCGAUGACAUAUUGAUCAAUGCCAAUAAUGAUGAGGAGCAUGAUAUGCGCCUUGGGCAAGCACUAGACAGAGCUAGAGAGAAAGGCACCAAACUCAAGAAACAGAACUGUUAA